ACCCACACACGCACACAAAUCCCAAAUUAAAAUCGCACACUAAUUGAUGUUGUUCCUUUCUUCGCCACUAGAUGGAGCUGUGUUCCGAUUGCACGAUGGCCUGCUGACACCAGGUAACCAUGGGCAACCUCACGCGCGCGCAUGGUCUCGCAGAACAAACUUUAGUUGUUCGUCCUUUCAAAAUAAGAGCUUCUGUUACAGCGCAGGAUUUUAUGUUUUUAAUGGGGAACUGCUUGGUGAUCAAUGGGCUGAUUUUAUAGCGGCGUGACGUCACAAGCUAGAUAAAGUGUUUGUUGUUGAUCGGUCACGUGAUGGUGUCCUGUCUCUUGAUUUUUCCUUGGUCCAGUAGAGCAUGCGCUGAUGUUAGAAGCUUUCUGUGACCUCAUUUCUGAUUCUGUUAACACUUCAACUUCCGCUCUGGCGCUGGGAGACCUGCUGUUUGGAUCAGAACAACGUACUGUUCGCUUCUGUUUGGACUCUUAUUUUCCUAAAACACGGAGGUCAGCAGACUUCCUGUUAUGUCUAGCUGUCGGGGGAGCGUGACACAGCCCCCCCCCACCCCCCAGACAGACGGUCUGCAGCAUCACACUGAGACCCACGCAACUCCGCACCACAGAUACACGCGGCUCAGCACAGCCCAGACGAGCGCUCCGAGUCCCGCUCCGCCCCUCUAUAUUAAGUGACCAUGUCGGUGCUUGGCCCCGCCCCCAGCAGCGCCGACGCCUGCCUCAGCAUUGUCCACAGCCUGAUGUGUCACCGGCAGGGCGGAGAAAACGAAGGCUUUGCCAAGCGCGCCAUUGAGAGCCUGGUGAAGAAGCUGAAGGAGAAGAAGGACGAGCUGGACUCGCUUAUCACCGCUGUCACGACCAACGGCGUCCACCCCAGCAAGUGCGUCACCAUCCAGAGGACACUGGAUGGACGGCUGCAGGUAGCAGGCAGGAAGGGUUUCCCUCAUGUGAUCUAUGCCCGUCUGUGGCGCUGGCCCGACCUACACAAGAAUGAGCUGAAACACGUGAAGUUCUGCCAGUACGCCUUUGACCUAAAGUACGACAGUGUGUGUGUGAACCCGUAUCACUACGAGAGAGUGGCGUCCCCCAACUCUACAGGUCCACAGUCUCUGAUAAAGGAAGAGUUCAUGCAGGACUGUCUGCAGCUUGACCUGACCCCCCAUACAGACCUGUAUGACCAGCACUGCCCUGUCAGCAUGUAUCCCAACAUGUCUCUAUCUCCUCCAGGAAGGAACUCCAUGACGCCUGCAGCUCUGAGUGUGACAGGGGUCAGUGAGGCUUCAGAAGGCCCCGGACUCCUGCAGAUCACCAUGCCCCAGAACCACGGGGGCCGGACCUCCCCUCCUCUAACCCCCCAGUCUGCACACCCUGAUACUCCCACCUCCCCACCACCGCAGAGCCCAGAUUACAGCAGCAACCCCACACCUGCUAACUGGACAGGUAACAGCCCUGCUCCCUAUACACCUGCAGGACAUCAGCAGAGAGGCCGGGCCCACACACAGCAGUCAGCAUUACAUCAUCAUCACCACACCCCCAACGCUCACUUCUGGUCACAGCAUCACAGCACUCCUCCAUAUCCACAACCAGUCUCCAACCAUCCAGGUCCAGAGUUCUGGUGCUCCAUCUCCUACUUUGAGUUGGACGUUCAGGUUGGUGAGAUGUUUAAGGUCCAGUCCAGCUGUCCUCUGGUGACGGUGGAUGGCUACGUGGAUCCUUCAGGAGGAGAUCGAUUCUGUUUAGGACAGCUGAGCAACGUCCACCGAACUGCGGCUAGCCACCGUGCCAGGCUCCACAUCGGUCGGGGGGUCCAGCUCGAGUGUCGGGGAGAGGGUGAUGUCUGGAUGCGUUGCCUUAGCGACCACUCGGUGUUUGUCCAGAGUUACUACCUGGACCGGGAGGCGGGCCGAGCACCAGGUGAUGGAGUUCAUAAGAUCUACCCUGGAGCUUAUAUCAAGGUGUUUGACCUGCGCCAGUGCCACAGGCAGAUGCAGCAGCAGGCUGCAGCAGCUCAGGCAGCAGCAGAGACUCAGGCGGCAGCAGUUGUCGGUGCGAUGCCUGGUCCCAACAGUGUAGGCGGAAUUGCACCUGCCCUCAGUGUGUGCUCGACAGCAGGUCCGGGCGUGGAUGACCUGCGCAGACUGUGCAUUGUGAGACUGAGCUUCGUCAAAGGUUGGGGUUGUGACUACCCGAGACAGAGCAUCACGGACACCCCCUGCUGGAUGGAGGUCCACUUGCAUCGGGCACUGCAGCUGCUCGACCAAGUGUUGCACACGCUGCCACCACGAGAACAUGCUCUCUGACACACUCGCCUGAAGACACACACCUGACUACUGUCAACGUGCUGCUGCACCAAACCACCUGUGAUCUUCUUGGCUCCGCCCCAUUCCUCUCUGCACAGGCACACCAGCAGCUCAUUGUUCAGCUGAGAGACCCUUAGCUCCAGCGUUUCCAGGGUAAAAGGAUCCAGGGGUCAGUUCAGAUGGAGAAAUCCGGGGUCAUCUGGAGUUGAUCUACAUUCAGCAUCAGGAAGACGCUGAAUGUAGAUCAACUCCAGAGCUUUGUGUGAAUUGAUCCUUUAACAGCUGAUUUCAUAUCAGCUGAGACCAAAAAUCAGACGUUUGUCUAUGCUUGUCAGGGUUUAUUUUAGUAUUUAUUUCCAUUGAUUAUCUACCAAAGAUUCAUUUCUAACUAAUGACAUCAUAUCAGACAUCACAUCAUAUUGAUCAGAUCCUCUGUCGGACUUGUUUUUCCAUCAUGUGGCUUUUGUUUUUACAGCUUUAAUCCUAUUUUAAACACUUUUCUACAGAAAGCUUGGUGCCAUCUGCUGUUACCAUCAAACCUUUCCCAUUCAAAUAAACAUGUCAAAGCUUG